AUGUUUGAAUCAGCUGAAGCUGAAAAAGAAAUAGUAGAUACUUUAAUUGGUCUUAAUAAUGAAUUCUCUUAUUUAAUGAUGCAUGCACGGUUAGGCCUUGAGAAGAAGACUAAGAAUGAUCCUUACAUUUUGCACAGUCUUAUCAUAUGGUUGGAGGCUUACAUGCAUUGGAAUGAUAAACUAACAAAUGCAUCAUUAGAUGAAACUUUCAAAAUUAUUCAUCCAUACUAUGAUUUUAUUGAUUGCCGUCUGAUAGUGGACAUGAGUCAAAUUUUUCUAAAAGGCUUCAAAUUUGGAGAUGAUAAGUUAAGCAUUGUUAGUGAGUUUAAAAAGUAUAAAGAAAAAGCUGAUAAACUUCGAUUUUCAUCUGAAGCUGAUCCUAAUGUUCAAACAAAUGAUGGAGCAACUGCUUUUAUGUUGGCUUGUCAAAAUGGUCACACUCAAAUAGUUGAACUGUUGAAACAAGUUGAUCCUAAUGUUCAGAGAAAUGAUGGAGCAAAUGCUUUUAUGUUGGCUUGUCAAAAUGGUCACACUCAAAUAGUUGAACUGUUGCUGAAGGAACAAGUUGAUCCUAAUGUUCAAGACAAAGAUGGUGACACUGCUUUGAUGGCUGCCAGUGAUGAAGGACAUUAUGAAGUAGUUAAGCUAUUAUUAGAAUGGAAAGCUGAUCCUACUAUUAAAUCUAAUGGUGGCUACACU